CGAAGGACGAGUUAGACGGGGACAAAGAGAGGGACACCAGAAGAGACAGAUAGGAAGAAAAAGGGGACGGAGCGAAGGAGGAGAAGGACGAAGACUGGGACAUUCAGAUGUGUAGACUGUGUUCUGGAAAUGGAGCAGGGCGUCCAGUUGAAGAGCUAAAACAGCAAAAGACAGAGAGGGAGACAAGGAAGGAGGGAGGAUGCAGGAGGGAACUAAGACCUUCUCCAUCCUGAUGGACGGUGGAGUAGUUUGGCUUCAUGGCCGGAAGAGACGGGGAUAAAGAGAUCAAAAUGUCUGGAUGGUUUAACUUUUUGUGUUCCUGUGUACCCAGGGCCCUCAUGUGAGGAGGGCCCAAAAAGAUGCUAGAAUGAAUAGCUGUGGCUGCCGGGAGGGGCCCAUAGAAAAGGCCUUUCUACAGCUGGGCCCAGCAUUUUGCGCUACGUCCCUGCUGAGCAGCACUGCACAUGUGUAUGCUGAAAUUAUUUCUCUCACACGUUUUGAACUUGCAUUCGUCAGGAUUUUUUUCAGAAACUAGUGAGACAUUUUGGUUUCAGUGGCUCUCGUGAGGAGGAGGCUGGAGAUACUACAUGCUGAGUGCAUCCAAAGACAAUGGAGAUUUCCAAAGAGAAAAUAAUAUAACAAUAAUCAGAGAAGAGUUGCUGAUUUGGGAAAGAUUUCCACUUCCUGGGACCUUUCUCUCUCUGUGACUCCAUCUUCAGCAAGAACUUCACAGGCUGAUUCGCUAACAAUCUCUCCUCAAGGUAUUCUCUUUAAAAAUGUAUUUCCACACAGAACCUAUUUUGAAGAAUACGCCCAGGAACUUCUUGUCAAGAAUUUGUACACCAGGAACUGCUCCUAUAAAGGUGUAAUCCUGUAUCCAAAGUUCUCCCACAAAGGCUUGGUGCCCAUCAGACACUCCUCACUUCUAAAAUCCACUUCUCUUUAAGACUGAUUAUUUAACUGGAAUCUCUUUUUUAAGACCCUAUACCACCAAGAAUCAUGACUCAUUAAAGUUCUUCAAAGUAAAGUUAAACAUUUACAAAUGACCUCUCUGUAAAUACAUCCACUAAAAAGACAUUAUAUCUAAUUGAAUCCAUCCAGGAACAUGUUUUUUUAAGAGAUUUUUUCCGCUCAGGAACAACUCUUCAUGGCCGUUCCUCUACCAGGAUGAUAAAAACUAAGAACUUUUCACAAUCUGCCGAAAACUAGGAAUCUGGGUGGUAAAAGGCGAAAGAAAAAUCCUAAGUGAUGCAGUUUUUUUAUGCACCCCUGCUGUCUCACCCUCUAAACUUUUACAAGCCCGGUGCAAAAAGCAUUCACAUCAUUGUGUCUUAUUUACGCUGAGCAUCUACAACUGUUACCAUAGCAACCGGAGCAGGAGCGCUGCAGCAUGGGACUCAGCUGCUUCAAGUCCUGGAAACAUGACAGUACAGGCCACAAAGGUAACAGAGAUGUGUUGGCCAGCCCAGGCUCGUAUUUCUUCCUCUCCAACAGUGCCGGCCAAGGGGACGAGUGGCUGAAGAGCCUCAACAAGGGUGUCUGGAUACCCUUCACAGGGGUCUUUGGUCAGCGUCUGGAGGAGACGGUGUUAUAUGAGCGUCGUUAUGGGCUACGUUUAGUUCCUUUAGUGGUGGAGCAGUGUGUGAACUUCAUCAGGGAGCGUGGUUUGCAUGAAGUGGGCUUGUUUCGCCAGCCGGGACAGGCCAGUCUGGUUAAGGAGCUGCAGGAGGCUUUUGAUGCAGGGGAGCGACCUUCCUUUGACAGUAGCACAGACGUCCACACCGUGGCGUCACUGCUGAAGCUCUACCUCAGACAGCUGCCGGAGCCUCUGGUUCCUUACAGACGAUACUACGACUUCUUGUUCUGUGGUCAGAAGCUGUCGAGUGACCGCACACAAGGUUUGGGGGAGUUGAGGAAUCUUCUUCAUGAGUUGCCAGUUGCAAACUUCAACCUACUCAACUUUAUCUGCCAGUUUCUAAAUGAGGUCCAGAGUUUCUCCAGCAGCAACAAGAUGAGUGGCCAGAACUUGGCCACUGUGUUUGGGCCAAACAUCCUUCGAGCCAAAGCUGAAGACCCACAAAGCAUCAUGGGAGGUGCAGUACUGGUCCAGGUACUGAUGUUGGAGCUGAUCAGAGAGCAUGAGUCUCUGUUUGCCAAAGUCCCCCCACUCAUCUCCGCCCGUCCAUCUGGAGGUUCACAUGCAUCACCAAGUGCUCUGAGGCAGCCUCAUCUCCACCCAUCGCCCUGCCUCCGCCAGCUGUCUAUGCCUCUCAUCGUUGAGCGUUCCAGAGAGCCAGGACAGUCUGGUGCAGAUGAACAGAACUCCAGUUCCAUCUACUCUGCAGCUGCCAAAUCAGACAUAUCCUUUGCCCAGAAGAGACUUCUCGGCCAUCGCUAUACCUCCUCACACCCAGAGAACUGCUUCUACCCAUUGCCCUCCUCCAGUCAGCCCCUUCAGCACCACUACGACAGACACAACAUGGAUAAUCACCAGUGCCAC